AAAUAGAAUAAAUGGAACAAACUAAGAAAUCCAAACAAGGAAAUGCAACUGCUAAAUCCAAAAAGAAUCUGGGGCCAAAUCAGACCUCUUCCACAAAGCCGACAAGCACUAGUGCUAAGAAGCCAAUUGAAGAAGAGAAGAAGGCUAAGAGCUUACUCAAGAAGCAAGCCUUAGGGGAUCAAAGAGCAGGCAGCUAUAACCAAGCUGAAGAGGACAAGCAAGAUCUAGAUUCCUCUUGGUCUGACUCUGACGAAGGCUUUGAGACUCAGGAGAGCUCAGAUUUUGAAGAUUUAUAUAUAACAGAGGAAGAAAAGAUUCAAUGGGAGAACAACCAUUAUGCACUUAUAGAUAGACUGAAGCUUAUUUCAAGAAGGAAGGGAUUCAUUAACAUAUCCAUGGUUGCAGAGAAGCCAAAGGUAGCCAGGACUAUCUACAAUAUUCUUUCUCAAGAAGGUACUGGGCAUUUUGAAUCCUCUUACAAUGGCCACACAGUGUUGCAGUUCAAAGCGAAAUACAAAGGCAUGAUUGCUAACUUCAACAUUUUGUCAGUCUAUGGUCACGUUUAUGAACACGAUUUCAAAGAAUCUCAAAGACUAAGGAGGCAAAAAGUACCUCUUGAGACAUUCGACGCAGAGGUCAUCAACAACAAGUUGGCCAGAGGAAACAAGUCUCAUUUUGGAAGAAGAAGAGCUCCAAAUAUGAGGCGCUUAGAGGAACAUCUCUGCUGUUACUUGGACCAAUCAGACAUGAUAGUACUCUGGUUUGACAAUGAUACCUCUGGAGAGAACAUCUGCUUCCAAAUCAUGAUGAUGCUUGAGAACUACAGAUUUUACCGAGACAAUCCUUAUUCGACGACAAGAUACAAUCCAGACAACAUUAUGAGAGCAAAGUUCUCUUCACUUUCAAGAAGAGCAAUAUGGAAUGCUUUCAAUAAGCUAAGUGCUCAUCCUGACGAGAAUCUUGCUUUAGCUCAUGACUUAAGAUCAGAGAUUGACCUCAGACUGGGAAUAUCCUUCUCGCAUUUAUUGUCAAGAGAGUUGGAAGAGUUUUUGAAUAUUGGGAGAGAAUUCACAACUUCAUAUGGACCUUGUCAGUUCCCAACCUUCUGGUUUGCUUACCAGAGGCAGGCCAAGAUAGACAGAGCUUCGACUAAGCCAUACUGGCUCCCAAUCAUUACAGUUGAGACUCAAGGCGGAGCUGAGAUAGAGCUUGAGUUCAAGGACAAAAAAUUUGAGACAAGAGAAGGAGCUAGAGAUUAUCUCCUAAAGGCUAAGACUCAAAAUUCAGUGCAAGUCACUAAGAUUGAGCAUGAAACUGAAGAAUUAGAGAAGCCAAAGCCAAUGAAUACCGUUGAUUUGCUCUCUUCUGCAUCGAAUGAGUUUGGAUAUACAGUUGAUUUCACUAAGAGAUGUGCUCAGAGAUUGUACACAGAUGGACUGAUAAGUUAUCCAAGAACUCACAGUCGGGCUUAUGACGCAGAUUACGAAGUAGAUAAAGUUCUUGAGAUGCUUGAAAGAAAUAGCGAUUUUGAAGAAGCUGCAUCUAAGCUUAGAACAAGCUUUGACAUGGUAACAGUAAGGGAAGGAAAGAUACAGGAACAUCCUCCUAUUACUCCAGUCCAUAAUGUUGGAGGGAAAAGAUAUCUCGAAGAGGACUCUCCUGAAUGGAAGCUAUAUUACUAUAUUGUCAACCACUUCUUUGCAACGCUGAGUCAUAAUCCUGUUUUAAAAACUGUAACCUCCGAGUUCAAAUUUGGAGAAGAAACCCUUGAGGCCGAAUUCAGUAAUAUUGUGGACCAAGGGUAUCUUGAGUAUCUUCCUCUUACUGAAAAAGAAAAGAAAAUGCUCAGUAUUUCUGAAGCCAGUCUUGGUAAGAAGAAACAAUACAAAGUCAAAAGCUUCAAGCUUCAAAAGAGAUUCCCUCCCACUAAGGAACUCUUGUCAGAGCCUGAGUUGAUCCAGAAGAUGGAGAUGCACAAAAUCGGAACUGAUGGAACAAUUCCAACUCAUAUUGAUACCAUCAUUAAGAGGAGAUAUGUGACUGUCCAAGAAGGAAAAGAUGGAGUAAGAAGAUUCCUUCCAACUAAGAGAGGAAUCGCCCUCGCUGAAGGCUUCAAUGAGAUCGACCCCGACCUCUUUGAACCCAAAGUUAGAGCAGAGAUUGAGAGUCAAUGGAAACAAGUUGCCCACGGCGAAAUUGGAUAUGAGGAAGCUCUUGAAGAUUCGAAGAAAAAUUUCAGAGGGAAACUUGUACACUUCAUGAGCAAUAUUGAUAUUCUACGUAACAAGCUAAGUGCCAACAUUGACCAAAUCAAAGAGGAAUGCAAAGAACUAGCAGAGAAAGAAAAACAAGAAAGAGAGGAAAUAAGGAGACGAAGAAUAGAGGGUAGAGAUGAAGACACGUCUGAGAAUGAGGAUGAGGCUAUGUCUGAGGAACCAAAAUUCUUGGGUGGAACCAUUAAGCUUAUAAAAGAUAAGGAAAAGUCUCUAGGACUUAGUAUUAAUACUAUUGCUGAUCUCCAUAAGAUUCCAGCAGAUCACAGAAGAGGAGAUGAGUACCUUUUGUAUGAGGAAGAAAUUUCUACUCAGGCAGGUACAGAUUUUGGAGAUUAA